GAUGGGUUAAAACUUUUUUGAGAGCUGCUUGUGGCUUGGUGUUACGUAUGCCAGACACUGAAAGAACAGCAUGGAGACGCUUCUUUUUCUAUUUCCUCAAUUCAACUUUUUGGCCCCAAAGGAGGAAGCAUAUUUCAAAAUGCUUGGUCCAGAAGACUUGCAGACACCGAGAAUGAAAGACGAUACUACCAGACUUAAAGACAAGGACAGGAAGAGCCGAUUAAGCCUCUUUCUUACCAAGUCAGGAUCUCAUGAAAACGUCAGUCCAGAUAAAAGGGCAAACACAUCACCCAACAAUAUCUCACUGGAGGCAGCUUUGAAAUGGAGUGAGUCCUUUGAAGAAUUGCUGAAGCAUUCAGAUGGGGUGGAAACCUUCUCUCAGUUCCUCAGGACAGAGUUCAGUGAAGAGAACAUUGAGUUCUGGUUGGCCUGCGAAGAAUACAAGACCAUUGACUCAGAAACCAAGCUGCUGUCCAAAGCCAAAUACAUUUAUGCUGUUUUUAUUGAAUCGGACGCCCCAAAAGAGGUCAACAUUGACUACUCCACCAAGAUGGACAUCCAGAAAAAUAUAUCACAUCCCACAAAGAGCUGUUUUGAAGCAGCCCAGGUUAAAGUCUACAGCCUGAUGAAAAAGGACUGCUACCCCAGGUUCCUGGCCUCUGACAUUUACCUGCGCAUCACCAAGAAAAAAGCCCCAGGAGCCACCAUGUUUCGCAGGCGGUCGCGCUCCUGUGUGUUCAAUGAGAGGGGCGAGCCCACAUCUGAGCCUUCGGCCUGGUAGUAGUAGCAUUGCAACUGUAGCUCACUCUAUAAAAUAGACUUUUCUACAGCAGUAGUGGAAAAAUCUGCUUUGUGUUUUUUAAAACUAUUUUAACAAAAGUAGCAUGUUAACUGUAUCCGCUCUCUAAGUCAGAGACACUGCGCUCACCUUUUUGAUGCAAUAUUGUCUCAGACUUUGCAGAACCUGUGUAAAAAUGGGCUCAUACAAAACAAAUUGCCAGCUCAAGUGACUCUAGGCAACAUGAAGUGACAAACCAAUCAUACAAGCAACCAUACAGAGUCUAUUUGCUUGAACUCAGAGCUGUUAGAUUUCAACUGAUCUGCUUCCUAGUCCACCAGUAGCACCAUAAAGAUAUUAAUCAUGUUGAUACGUCUCUCUGAAGCUAAUUUGACCCACAUCCCAUUAAAAUGGAUUCAUGAUUUCAUCCCCCCAAAGUCCAGCCCCCUCCAGACUCACUUGCAGUAAAAGCCUGUAGCUAUGGUGACUCCAAAGUGCUGAAAUGUUUUAAUGAGGGAUGCACUGAGGAGAUUUCACAUUACUGAGAGCAAUUAAAAUAUUCCAUUUCCAAAGACAGAAAAUCCAUAUAUCCUGUCAAAAUACUAAUAUCAACUAUUAUUAAUUACCAUAACUGUUUUUACUGUUUAGCAUUUUGCUACCACUGUAAUCUAAUAAUUUAUGUAUUAUAAUGAUUGUGUGUGGCCUUGCCGUUGUAAAAUGUACAUAAUCUGUGGAGUAAUUAUUCAAAUAAACACUUUCAUACAAAGGCCUUUUUAA